CUUACAGCCAUAGCAACAGGAGCUUGCAGCUCUUUGUGCACUGUUCGAUUUGUUCACUUCGACGAUACCGGAUUCAUAUUCUGCGUAAGAAGAUCGAAAGCCAGACCAAGUGAUCGGGGCCGGCCAAGAGGAGAGCGAUGGGGAGGAUUUUAAUUUGCGUUGCAUUCUUCGCCGUUUUACUUCUAUUUGUUUCUGCUAAGAAAUCCCGCGAUGUUACGGAACUGCAAAUCGGUGUCAAGUAUAAACCAGAGACUUGUAGCAUUCAAGCUCACAAAGGAGAUAAAGUUAAAGUGCAUUAUCAUGGGAUGCUUGUUGAUGGGAGUGUAUUCGACUCCAGUUAUGAAAGAGGUGACCCUUUUGAGUUUGAACUUGGCAGCGGUCAAGUAAUCAAAGGUUGGGACCAAGGGCUGCUUCGUAUGUGCAUUGGUGAGAAAAGGAAGCUAAAGAUCCCUGCAAAGCUUGGCUAUGGCGCCCAAGGAUCCCCUCCCAAGAUCCCUGGAGGAGCCACACUGGUUUUUGAUACUGAACUUGUAGCUGUCAAUGGAAAAACUUUAACCAGCGAUAAGAAUACAGAAGGAGAUGAAGAUCUGUAAGUUCUAGACUUGUUGUGGCGAUAUGCUUUGGAGUUUCUGAAUGAGAAUAUUUUUUUUUAAAUGAUUUGAGUAUUAUCAUAAAACUUAUUGCCAAAAGCCAAUGUAAUGGUUGGCAGGGCGUCAAUAAAUAAUUUUCGAACUUGUUCUUGAACAUUAAGGUUCAUUAACCCAUUUAUUUAUUAAACGAGUCAAA